CUCCAGGUGUGUCCAAACCUGCAGCAGAUGUCUCUGGGCUCAGUCACCGCGGGGCCGGAUCUCAACCGCCGCGUAGCGCAGGUACGAGGGACUUCUCGUUGACGCACCACGAUCCGCCGAGUGAGUGAGAUACUCUCUGUUUACAUUUUAGUUUGGACCCCCCACCCCCCACCCCUCACCCCCUCAGCCCCUCACCUCCAAAACCGCGGACGAAGCGGCGCGUCGGAGAGAGGGACACACUGAAUCGGUCCUCUUGAAGUCAUCUCGCCGCUUUCUAACCCUCCUGGGUUUUUUUGGAGGGGGGAGGGGGUUGGGGGGGGGUUUACGCACGGGGAGCGCUCGGAUUUAUCGCAACCGGGGCGGCUGUGCGCGCACAAACCCGUGGGAUGACGCACCUCGGCGGCGGAUUCCCGGGGUGAAAAUCGGGCUCCUAAAUGUCAUGGAUAUGAAAUCCCAGCAGCAGCAGCAGCAGCAGCAGCAGCAGGUCGAGCGAACAACUCAGGAGGUUUUACCGGGCCGCGUCUCUCCGUCUAACGACCGCACGCCGAGGUGCCCACGUUGAUCGCUAGCCGUUCGCCAAGGGGAGCAGAGAGGAGAGCAGAGCAGAGCAGAGCAGCCAUGUCCAGGACGCUGAAGAAGAAGAAACACUGGUCCGGCAAAGUGGUGGAGUGCGCGGUGUCAUGGGGCAACCUGGGCGACUUUGGCACCGUGGUGGAGGUCCUCGGAGGAGCGGAGCUGGGCCAGUUCCCGUACCUGGGCCAGAUGAAGCUGGACGUGCUGGCGUGUCACGUGGGGAAGCUGCCCUACUACGGCGACGUCCUGCUGGAGGUGAACGGGACGCCCGUCAGUGGACUUACAAACCGGGACACCCUGGCGGUCAUCCGCCACUUUCGGGAGCCGGUUCGCUUGAAGACGGUGAAACCAGGUAAAGUAUUGAACACGGACCUGCGCCACUACCUCAGCCUGCAGUUCCAGAAGGGCUCGCUGGACCACAAGCUCCAACAGAUCAUACGGGACAACCUCUACCUGCGCACCAUCCCCUGCACCACGCGGCUUCCCCGGGAGACAGAGGUGCCCGGAGUGGACUACAACUUCAUCACCCUUGGAGACUUCAGGAUCCUGGAGGAGAGCGGACUCCUCCUGGAGAGCGGCACCUACGACGGUAACUACUACGGGACCCCGAAGCCGCCGGCGGAGCCCAACCUGGUGCAGCCGGACCUGGUGGAUCAGGUGCUGUUUGAUGAAGACUACGGUGGCGAGAUCCCCAGGAAACGCACCACCUCCGUCAGUAAGAUGGACAGGAAGGACAGCGCGGUCCCUGAAGAGGAAGACGAUGAUGAGAGGCCACCGCUGGUCAACGGACUGCCUGAGCACAAAGAGGGCGCCCACUGGAGGAAAGCGGUGCCCAGCUACAACCAGUCCAGCAGCGCCAUGGACUUCCGCACCUGGAGCUCUCUGCCCCGCGAUGACAGCCUGGAGCCCCUGCCCCUCAACUGGGAGAUGGCUUACACUGAGACCGGCAUGGUCUACUUCAUAGAUCACAAUACCAAGACGACCACGUGGUUGGACCCCCGCUUGGCGAAGAAGGCGAAGCCCCCUGAGAAGUGCGAGGAUGGGGAGCUACCUUACGGCUGGGAGGAAAUUGACGACCCGCAGUACGGCACAUACUACGUCGACCACAUCAACCAGAAAACCCAGUUUGAGAACCCGGUCCUGGAGGCAAAGAAGAAGCUGAGCCAGGAGACGGCUGUGAUCCAACAAGCCGCAGCAGCACCUUCCCAAGGUAAGGGAGGCGCGUUCGGCUUCACCUCUGACCCCAGCGAGCUGCAGGGCGAGCUGUACCACACGGCGCUGAAGAAGAGCUCCCAGGGGUUCGGUUUCACCAUCAUCGGUGGCGAUCGCACUGAUGAGUUCCUGCAGGUGAAAAACGUGCUCGCCGACGGCCCGGCCGCCCACGACAAAAAGAUGGCGUCCGGUGAUGUCAUCGUUGAGAUUAACGGGAUUUCUGUGCUGGGCAAAACCCACCCGGAGGUGGUGCAGAUGUUCCAGUCCAUCCACAUCAACCAGUAUGUGGACAUGGUUCUUUGCCGCGGCUACCCGCUCCCCCCCGAUGUGGAUCUGAACAGCGACGACCCUCUCCCGCCCCCGCCUCUCCCGCCGGCCACCCAGCCGCCGGCGGCGGCCCUGCACGGCGGGGAGGUGGUGACCGCCGUGCCCCUCAUCAACGGGCAGCCGCUGCUGGUGAAGGGCGACGUCCUCCACGGCUCCUCUCAGGAGCUCCACUACGUCACCACCGAUGCCAGCGGGCGGCCCGUCGUGGCGGCCUUGCCCAACGGCAGGCACGGGGAGCGGGGGGAGUCGGCCGCGGGGACGCUGCAGCCCGAGCUGGUGAGCGUGCCGUUGAUCAAGGGGCCCGGCGGAUUCGGGUUCGCCAUAGCCGACUGCCCGCUGGGCCAGAAGGUGAAGAUGAUCCUGGACGCCCAGUGGUGCCGCGGCCUGCAGAAAGGCGACGUCAUCAAGGAGAUCAACGGGCAGAAUGUCCAAACGCUCAGUCACGCACAAGUGGUGGACAUCCUCAAAGACUUUCCAGUCGGCAGCGAGGUCAACGUGCUUGUGCUGCGAGGAGGUCAAACAUCUCCUGUGAAGAGUCUUAGGCCUAGACAGGAAAUGACGACCAGUACGGAGACCUUGGACGGCACCGCGGACUCGGCCCCCCAGGCGCUGCCUUACCACUCCAACACGAGCACCCUGCGCUCCGCCGGCUCCCCCAAACGGGAAGCCACCGAGAUGUACCUGAAGUCCAAAGCCCUGCUGGAGAGCAGACAGCCUCACACCAAAGACAUCGAUGUUUUUCUAAAGAGAGACAUCGAAACGGGCUUUGGAUUCCGUGUUCUUGGGGGAGAAGGUCCACAGCAGCCAAAUAUCUUUCCCCAGGUGUACAUCGGGGCCAUUGUGGCCAACGGAGCUGCGGAGAAGGACGGCCGCCUGAGAGCCGGCGACGAGCUCAUCGGCAUCGACGGCGUGAUGGUUAAAGGUCGCUCGCACAAGCAGGUGCUGGAUCUGAUGACCAACGCGGCGCGUAACGGUCAAGUCAUGUUGACUAUACGCAGGAAGAUCAUCUACAGAGAUGCAACAGAGGAAGAGGCUCUGGAAAUGGCUCCGGUGCUUGUGAACGGUUCCCCCAAGCUACCUCGUCUGCCGAUGCCCAGCGCUCUGGACCACGAGUCCUUCGACAUCACCCUCCACCGCAGAGACUCGGAGGGCUUCGGCUUCGUCAUCCUCACCUCCAAGAGCAAACCGCCGUACGGAGUAAUUCCACACAAAAUUGGCCGGAUCAUCGAAGGCAGCCCGACCGACCGCUGCGGCCUGCUGCACGUCGGGGAUCGCAUCUCAGCGGUCAACGGGCGCUCCAUCAUCGAGCUCUCUCACAACGACAUUGUUCAGCUUAUCAAGGAAGCCGGCACAGUUGUCACCCUCACUGUGGUUCCAGAGGAUGAAUACAAGGGGCCUCCGUCUGGAGCCAGUUCAGCUAAACAAAGUCCAGCGCUGCAGCACAGAGCCAUUGGGCCGAGGUCCGCCCUGCAGGAGGAACGUUGCAACCUGGAGCUGGAAGAGAAGAGGGAGGGAGUCGACUGGUCUGAACACAGAAGCCUUUCACUCAGCGAGCAGGGAACGAUGUGUGUGACGGGACCCAACCAGGGCUGUCUGACGGUGGAGCUGGAGAGGGGACCUCGGGGCUUCGGCUUUAGUCUGCGAGGGGGAACCGAGUACAACAUGGGCCUCUACAUCCUCAGACUGGCUGAGGACGGAGCCGCUCAGCUGGACGGAAGGAUCCAUGUCGGAGAUGAGAUCGUGGAGAUUAACGGGGAGCCGGCACGCGGCAUUUCCCACACGCGGGCCAUCGAGCUGAUCCAGGCUGGAGGAAGCAAAGUGGCGGUGCUGCUGCGGCCUGGAGCGGGCCUGGCUCAAGACGGCGGUCGACGUGAUGGAAAACUCAUUUCACCCACAGGCCACAUGGGAGAAGUGUUUUUCUCCGAUACAUCACCACUGUCCCCUCCACAUGCAACCGGGGCUUCCAUCUUCGCUCCCUCUCCCUCCUCCAGCAAACUGAAACAUUCCCACAGCUGCAGCAACAUCUCCGCGAAGGGCGUCAGGCAGCGCAGCAGCAGGGGUUUAGGCUCGGUGCAGGAGAGGCGGGAGGUAGAAACGCGCUCUCCCGCCUCCCUCGAGCACGUGAACUUCUCCAAGAGGACCAGGCCCUUGAGAGACCCCCGAGAGCUAAGCAGCCCAAAGAAAACAGGGGAGACAUUUCCUCAAUCCAAAGAGCAACAUCGCAGGCCCAAGAAGGCCGAUAGUCCGGCACGGGAAGAGCCACAGAGCGGGACCGGGACGUCUCGGACGCAGACCAAAACAGGACCCGCCAGCCCCAGGAAGUCUCUUCCAGCUGGACGGCGAGCGGCUUCCACCCUGCAGCUGGCGGAGCAUCAACAAGGCCCUCAGAGGAGAUCGAAAGUCUCUGCCAGCAGCGAGAGUUUGGAUCACGAAAAGAGAAACGGCAAAGGGGGGAAUCUUGAGAUCAGGAGAUAUUCACAAGGACGGGAGUUGGCAGGGAGGGUGGACCAGGGGAGGCCUGUCCGGGAGCACGAAAGCUUCAAAAGGAGGGUGGAAGGAAGGUCUCAAACCCUCGGGUGCCAGCGGCCUGCAGGCGGAGAGGCCGAGAAAGCUGCAGGUAAAGACUCGGGGCAGAGAGACGCUAACGGGAAGUGUGAAUCAACAGAAGGCCGAAGCACCGGUAAAGAAACCAUCAAAAAAAGAGAAUCUCUGUUGUUUUUUAAAGAAAUGUGGAGUAGAAGAGGUUCCGUAGUUUUGCCAAGGGAGGCGAAAGGAAGAGAAGACACAUACUCUUCCUGCAAAGAUGUCAGGGGCCGAGAAGACACAUCGCAGAGCCCAAAGGGACCUAUUAACCCCGGCCCCUGGAAGGUGCCCAGCUCGGCCAGAAUCCUCUCCAAGGAAGAGGUCCUGCGUCACCCCUCGUGGUAGAACAUUGUGAAUAUUCAACAGCACCCUGAGCAAAUUGUUUUUUUUCCCCCGAGUGCUUCCAUGAAACAGAAGAGUGCGACGCGGCUCCGCUUUCGUUACCUUUGGCCCGUGUCCGCGGCGUUCGUCUUUGGGUCUUCUGACACGGGCAUGUAGCAGCUCCCCUCCGCCUUGCCCGCUCGCUCCAGCCUCCCGGACGUGGGACUUGGAGCGAGUGCGGCGCGCUCGGGGGGGGGGGCCUUUUUUCCCCCGCAAGGAGGCGUCCUGAGAUGCGAAUAUAUACAUACAUACGUGUGCCAAUCCUGGGAGCCUUUAGUGGAACCACAAUGGCCGACGGCGCUUCACCCAUCGCAAUGCAACGACCCAUAUGCAAAGAAAGGCCUCUCGCCCGUAGUAAACCCCCGAGUGUGACGGUCACCUCGGGUUUGAUUUGGCUUUCCGCCUCAUCGUGGCAUAUUUUGACUCUCUUUUUCUUUUUAAAUAGAAGUCUGCUCAACUGCAUGCAGUCGGCCUUUCUGUUUGUUUUACCGCACGUGUUCCGCGCGUCACCGACGACGAUCCCCCCUUUUUUCUCCUUUCUUAGUUCUCAUUCUCAACACCAGGCAGAUUUCUAAUACAAUCCAGCAAGCAUUCACUUUGCCCGGGGACUCCAGACUGUUUUACGAUUAUAGACAUGACUCUCCUCCGUACAAACUGCUCCAUUAGAAAGACCAGAAACUUGUGGUUUGAGAUCUUGUUUACUAUGUGUAUGAUAACCAACCAGUGUGUAAUUUAUUGAGAUGAAACAUUAAUGUGUGUACAUGUAGCUGUACCAAGCCAUUCCACAUUUUGAUAGAGACUUUAAAGAUUUUGCCCAUGUUAUCCGAUCUUUCACCUCUGUAUCGCAGUGGUAGGAAUUACCAUGGAUCUUGUAGUUCAUGAAACGUAAAAGUAACGUGCAAACCGCUGUACCAAAUGUUUGCAAUCGCUCAAAAUGUGUCUCAUGGUGAUAUAAUAUAUAUAUAUAUAUACAAAUAUAUAUAUAUAUACAUAUUUGAAUGUGUCAUGUUUUGCAGACUCUAACUUUUAAAUAUCUAUUGAAAUUCCAUUGCACUGCAUCUGCCCUUGUAGCAUAACAGAAAGCCCAUUUGUGAUGCCGACCUGCUACCAAUGAAAUUUUGUUAAUAUUGUUAUUGUGAUUUUAUAAACCUAUUUCAGUUUUUCAAAAAAAGGAAGAAAAAUAUAUAUUAUUUUAGGCUGAUUUACGUCACGAUGUGCAAGUUCUGAGUGUCCCUGAUGGUUUUACAUUUGCCGUGUACUGGGAAGAGAGAAAUGAGGGUUUGUAUGUGUAUGUCAUUCCUACUGUAUAAUUAUCAGCGUAGCUUGAAGGAUAAUGGAGCUUAGAGAGCGAUGUGGCGGCAUACAGAGAUCCCAACUUCUUACUUUCUUUUAGUGUCUUUAAGCUGGUGUCCGAAGAAAAAACAGUGUGUUCAAAGCAAUUUUACUGUUUCAUCGAGUGUUUUAAUAUGCUGUAAAAUCAGAGAAAAGUAGAAUAUAUUCAACACACCUGUUGAUACAAUCGACGAGAUCAAGAGAUAUUCAGAUGAGCUCAGGGAACACAGUACAGUAGCAAACGUGUGGCCAAAGCGGCGGUCAGAAGAUGGUUAAUGUCUGUGGUUGACUGUGAUAAGAGCUUGUGAUUGUAUACGGGAGGUUUCAGGGUCACAAUAUACUCGAGGAUACGCUGUGAGCCGAUGCGUCGGGGGUUUUUGUGCAAUAGUUGAAUGAGUAAAUCCAACCUUGACUGUCAGGAACAGGCAGCUGACUCUGGUGAGUCAAAUAAUGCCCUUUUUUUAUUGUUUGACCCCUGCACUGUUGUUCUCCGUUAUGCUUUUAUUUUGACCACGUUUCUGUUGUUUUGGUUUUAUUUGGUUUUAUUUUCUCUCUGUAUCAUACUGUGGCCUUGCAUCGCUUCAUUAGACAAAAAACAAUCCUCGUGGUAUCUUCUACAUUCUGUAGGAACAUUAGAUGUAAAUGUUUGUACAUUGUACAGCACCUUUAUAAAUACUUGCUGAGUGCUCUUUCGGGGAGAAAAAAUAGAGGUAUAUUAAAUGGCUCCAUUAUUUUUUUAUGUAAAGAAAGAGAAAAUAUUUAAAAAUGAAUUGAAAAGGAUAGACUAUGACCUUGACAUGGUGUUCCGUUCAUGCACUGAAAAAUAAAGUUUUACUGAAAACAUC